AUGAGCGUCUGUGCUAUCCAAAGUUUGCUGAUCCUCUUUCUCCUAGGAUUCUACCCCUGCUUAGAUACCUUAACCUGUCACAAGGGGAUCAUGUUGAAAUUUGACAACAACUUGGCUAUAACACCAGUUGAAUGGUUUUCACUUGGGACCCAGAAAACUGAUUCCAGAGAGAUAUGUCAGGAGACACUGCUGCUCAUAGAUGUAGGAGAAAGAUCAGUCCUAGUGGGGAGCAAAGGCUCCAGCAGUGCUGGGGCACAGGAUUCCAGGGCUGUCACCAUCCAUUCCCAGGGCUCUGGAGUGGUGGCUGCCUCUUACGUGCAGUACUGCUCCUCUGACUUGUGCAACGAAGCCAACAGCAGCAGCGUGCUUCUGGAAUCCCUCCCUCUUCCAGAUUUCUCUCCCCCUGGAACCCUCCAGUGUCCUGUCUGCUUGCAGUUCUAUGGAGCUUGCUCCAGGAACUCCAACUUUGUCUUCUGCCCUCAGAACACUCGGUGUUACACUGCUGACAUUCACAUUGAUGGAGGUGGGCUCUCUACCAAUUUUAGUGCUGAUGGAUGCUUGGCCUUAUCUACCAAAUCCUUAUUUGGUAACUCUGAUACUAUCGGAAUCUUCUCUAUAUUGGAAAAGCAUUCUGAUAGUCUCCAAGAUGCUGCAGCCCGAAGCACUUGGGCAUCACUGAGAUUGAUGACCAUCCUCAUCAGCCAGGGUCCCAGCACGAAGAACUUUCACCUCAUCUGA